CAUGCCAUAAAAUGAAAAUUAAACUUUAUAUUGAUUAUGGAUUUUUCCUUUUGCAUAUAAAAUGUUUUCAGAUGAAUCUUUGGACGAACUUAUGCACGCCAUAAUAAGAUUUGAUUAAUGAAUAAACUACUGUAACGUGCGGGUUCAGUGAUGUGCGUGUAACCACUCUUACCCGACGCUAUUAACGUGGGUUCUUGACUCGUUCUGUCUCCAGCGAUGAACAAUAAUCAAGGACACAGCCUAGACGUUGGAUGUUCAUAACACUCACUUUAUUGAACAUUUCUGGCGUGAACAACAAUAGGCCAGGCACUGAUUACCGCCGCGAUCUCACCCCAGGCGGAGCUUCUCUCCAGCCCGUAGUCUCCUCUCGAUCUCUCCAGGCGGAGCUUCUCCGACACUUUUCAACCAAUUCAAAAUUAAAGUCCCAAUACUAAUUUCACUUCCUACACUACGAUAGAUUACAAGAUAGUUCGUUAAUUUUCUUCAAGUUUAAAUGCCAUAUUGUUCUCCAGUUAUUGGACUACAUCCAUGAAUUGGAUUUCUUCUUGUUGUCAUUCACGAGAUUUUUAGGUUUCUUAAAGUGGAGUAUUUCGUUUGACCUGUUUCGGUGUUUUAAAUGAUAACUGACAAUUAUUUUAUAAAGCUAUUUGGUAUUCUUUUGAUAUAUUUAGAUUUUUUUAAUUCAGCCUUUUCCGAACGUAGCAGUGUUUCAAUACAGUGCUUUGUCUUUUACACUCAUUGUUUCUGCACUCCACAGUCCUGUGCGCAAAGAGUCGCUGUCCACCAAGCAAACGUACAUUCACAUAUCAGUCACACGUUCCCUGGCGCCAUUACAGUUUCCGAAUCUGACCACAACAUUGCAGCCUUUCUUUCAGCCAGUGCUGUCGGCCCUUUUGCGUGUUUGUCCAUUUGUGCUUUUCAUUUUAACGUAUUAGAUUUCUUUAUUUAAAAACAGUUUGGACCGCAAUUGGAAUAGCAUUCGCAAGGUAUUCAAAACAAUGGCACAAAAAGACCUGCUUUGGAUAAGGUACGUCUCGGUCUUCAUAUUUGCUGGGGCUUUCCUUCAGACGGUAUUUGCUGUUACACACUAUACUAUUCCUGAAGAAAUGGACGAAGGAUCUGUGGUUGCAAAUUUGGUGUCUGAUUUGGGGCUGGAUUUGAAAAGUCUUAGUAAACGUAAAAUGCGACUUGAUGUUGUGGCUAAUAAAAAAUAUCUUGACGUUAACAAAGACACCGGAGAGUUAUACAUUUUGGAGAGAAUCGAUAGAGAGAAUUUAUGCCCAAUCAAAUCAGUCACAACUUGUCUGCUUAAAGUCGACGCUACUUUAGAGAAUCCAAUUCGAAUGUUUAAUAUUGAACUGGAAAUAAUAGACAUAAAUGAUAACGCGCCAGGUUUUCGACGAGACACGAUGCAUCUAGACAUAUCAGAAGCAACUGCUGUAGGGGAGAGGUUUUCUCUGACUAACGCCGUAGAUCCUGACACAGGUUCAAACUCCGUAAAGACGUAUUAUCUAAGUGAAAGUGACCAUUUUAACAUUGAGAUUCAGACAGGACGAGACGGAUCUAAGUUUGCUGACUUGAUACUGAAAAAGUCAUUAGACAGAGAAAAACAAGCUUUGCAUAAUCUGAUACUCACUGCUGUGGAUGGAGGUGUCCCCGCGCGCUCUGGCACAGCUAGCAUUAUUGUGCGCGUACUGGACACGAAUGACAACGCCCCUCAAUUUGAUAAAGACAGUUAUACUAUAAAUCUAACUGAAAACGCGCCUAUUGGACGUCUCGUCGUACAAUUAAAUGCAACAGAUAAAGACGAGGGCUCAAAUUCCGAAAUUAUUUAUUCAUAUAGUCUCUAUACCUCAGAGAAAACACAGCAGACAUUUAGUCUGAAUCCUGACAAUGGAGAAAUCAGAGUGAAAGAAAUGAUAAAUUACGAGGAUUUCAGGAUUUAUGACAUGGAAAUUAUAGCAACAGAUAAAGCAGUCAAUAGUCUCUCUGGAAAGUGUAAAGUAAAGAUUUUAGUCACUGAUAUGAAUGACAAUCAUCCUGAAAUUUCUAUCAAGUCAUUGUCUAGUCCAGUAAAAGAGGAUAUUCCUGUAAAUACAGUCAUUGCAGUUGUUAGUGUGAGUGAUAAAGAUUCAGGAGAAAAUGGACAGGUAGAUAUUAAUAUAUCUGAUCAUUUGCCUUUUGCGCUUAAAGAAUCAUCUGAUAAUUAUUAUGAGUUAAUAGUUUCAGAGCCGUUAGACCGUGAAAAAAUGCCAGCAUAUGACAUCACUAUUACUGUGACUGACAGGGGCAACCCGUCGUUAUCUGAUAAUGAAACUAUAACUGUAGAGCUACUGGACGUGAACGACAAUGUUCCUCAGUUUCCUCAGACGUUCUACACGAUACCUGUUAUGGAGAAUAACGCACCUGGAGCUUUACUGAGCUCUUUAACAGCUAUAGACCCAGAUCUCCAUGAAAACCAGUAUCUAGUUUAUUUUAUAAUAGAGAAGGAAAUAAUGAACACCUCGAUGUCCAUGCUCUUCUCCAUUAACCCAGAGAACGGUAAUCUUUACGCGCUAAAGACGUUUGAUUAUGAGAUAGAGAAGGAGUUUCUUUUUCACAUCGAGGCCCGAGACUCUGGUGUCCCUCCACUCAGCAGUAACGUGACUGUUCACAUUAUUAUCAUGGAUCAGAACGACAACACGCCCGUUAUAGUGUCUCCAUGGCGCGCGCACGGCUCUGUGGUUGAGGAAAAGAUCCCGAGAUCCACCGAUAAAGGAACUCUGAUUGCUAAAGUCAUUGCGAUAGACUCUGAUUCAGUGCACAACUCACGAAUUACGUACCAGUUUCUCCAGAACACCGACGCAACAUUAUUCAGCUUGGAUCAGUACAACGGAGAGAUUCGGACCAUGAGAAUGUUCAGUUACAGAGACUCGCGUCACCAGCGGCUGGUGGUGAUCGCCAAAGACAACGGAGAGCCCGCGCUCUCUGCUACAGUGACCAUCAAACUGUCCACGGUGGAGACCGCCCUUAAAACCUAUGCUGACAUGACUGAGGUGCCUUUGGAAUAUGACAUCUUCUCAGAUUUAAACCUGUAUCUGGUGAUCGGACUGGGCUCGGUAUCAUUCCUGUUACUCAUCACCAUAUUGGUCACCAUCGUUCUCAAGUGUCAGAAACCAAAGCCCAGCAAAGCGGCUCCUCCCAGCAGGAACAGUGUUAUCAGUGAGAGGAACUCUACCAUCGCGGAUUCCACUUUAGUGUCCAACGAUGCCUACUGGUACAGUUUAUUUCUAGCGGAGACGCGCAAAGGAAAGCUGGUGGUUAGACAACCCGUGCCAAAGGGCGCGAGAUACAUCGUGUCCAGUAUACCGAGGAGCACCGGACUGACUGAGACCAGCGAUUCUGCUGCUUCUACUCUACAGUACUCAAAAUGAACGAGGUCCCUUCUCACGCUGGAGGCAUCCACAACCACCAGUAGCAGUUCGACCUGAGGACCCAUAUCAGCCUUCCCGUCUGCCCACCUGCACCAUCCAACCGAGAUGAAAAUGACCCUCGACGACUUGCAUCUUUAUCCCAGUGUUUGGAGAGUUUGGCAGUAUUGCCCUCGCUUUCAAUUCCUUUCCCCAAGAAGCUCAUGGCUGGAGGAAUAACACUUUUUUGCCUGUGGAUACAAAGAAACCAUCGAUACCUGAUCGGCCAGAAUUGGACUUGGAUUGGGCCUGUAAGCAUACACACACAUGGGUUAAAUAGGGGACAUCAAUAAUUACUACUAACCCAAACCCUAAAAGUGGACUUUUUUGCUUUUACAACACACACAUAUAUAUACAGUAUAUAUCCCACAAAUACAAACAGAACAGCUCCUUUCUUAAUCAAAGAAUAUUUUCUGUAAAAUCAGAAUGCUUGUGUUCGCAUGAUACUGCUCAACUUCAGAUUAUUCUUAAAUUGAUUGACACUUAGAGAGAAUUGGAAGUGGAGUUCAGUGAAAUGAACAUUAAGUGAAAUUACCCAAGCACAAAGUGGACAAUGACAGUUUGAAGUGAGUUUGCCCUUGAAAAGCAUUUUUCCCUGUACCGGAUGUAUAAAGCAGUUCUUAUGUGUGUUAGCUUGGAUCAAGUAUUAUUCAGUAUAUACUUAAUAGAUUAGAGCAAUCAGGUUGUGGUGCUGUUUAAAUUCUCUGCUCUUGUCUGUAGUGUUGUAAUAAUGUCUGUGGUGCUGCUUGUGUCAGUAUUUCUUUUGAAUUUAAAGAAUGAUGCCCUUCAUGGAGAACUGUUAAGAGCUCUGUUAUGAUAUGAUUUGCCUCCGUCAUCACAUUUUGAGUUUAAUUGAGGCUGUAAAAUCUCGGUGACCCACUCCUUCCUUUGUUUUGUCAGCUGACAUUCAGGAAUGCAGCUUGGUAAUGUCAUAGUGCAGAGGUUUGUGUCCAUACUCUUGUGUUUUCUUUCUAAGAUCUGACCGGAUAUUUCAUUUUUGUAUAUUCAUCAGUGUGCUUUUCAUCGUUGACUUUUGUAAAAAAAAAAAGGAAGCACUCUUUUGAAUGAUAAUAACAUAAAGGACGAAAAUUGCUGUUCAGUUUAACAAACAGCCAAAGUGAUUUUUCAGCCUUCACUAAAUAUUAAAGAAGCCAAACCUGUUCAAGCCUGAACCCGUCAAGGUGUGUUUGCCAAUUCUGUUCUCUAAAUGACUUAAUCUUUAUUCUCUAUUUGAAAAGGCCUGAAGUUUUAUUUACAUGUCCUGUAGUGAAUCCAUCUGAAAGCUUUGACUGACCAGUCAGAUUUAAUUCUGAUGCGUGUAAUGUUGUUUUGUGGAAGGUUUAUGGCGGUGGGUGAUUUUGCUUUUAAAGCAGGAAGAAAUUUUGGGUGGGAAAGUUUUUAUGUUUUUAUUAAAGUUUCAAUUGUUUUCAUCUGAUAUUAUGGAAUGUGAUAGUUAAAUUCAAAAAAGAUAUAGUAUAUACAAAAAUAUAAAAAAGUACAUUGCGUUUAGCAGUGAAACAGUUUUUUAUUUUCUUUGUCUGGUGUUAACAAUAGUACUGAUUCUAACUCAAAUUGCUGCUUUAAAUAAGUUUUUUUCUGGCUAUUAUAGUAGUGCAAUAAAUGGAUAUAAAUGUCUUCUUUUGUAAUGAACAUUAUGAUAUUGUUAUUUUACUGCCUUUCUAAAAUGUCAUUUAUGGAAAAUAAUAUUCAUAAUCAUCACAGCUUUCUGAGGGUUUGAAGGCUUCCUCGGGCAGCACAGAUCAGCAAAUCAUAAGGUGGACUUCUCAUGGAGUCAACGCAGAGACCGGCCUGUUUGUUUGCCAUGAGAGACAAUUCACAAAUACGAAUCUUUAACCAGAUGACAAUUGUUGGUUUACUUAAAUUAGACAUCUUUAAAUUUCAGAUGUUGAAUAUAGCGUGUGACCUUAGAAUAUAACAGCUGUAAGAGCAUUGGCUAAUGUUGACGCACAGUGUUGUGAAACACCAGUCAGGGAGAGAGAGAUGGAUUGCUGCUGGAGUGUUUUUUUUGUUACUGCAUGUGAGAGAGCGUGAGGGCGGGCCAACUGCUCACUGUUAAAAGUAGGUCACUGUCACUGCUAGGAUUCAUUUACCCAAAAGCCUAAUUUUCUAAUAUCAAAAUGGACUAAAUAUAGUGAUAGUUCAUAGAGCAAAUUGUCAUUGCUGUAGACCUGUCACGUGUUUUUAUUCCCCGUUGUCCAAUGAAGCGGUUUUCAUUUCUUUAGUUGUGAGUUCUGAGAAGGCCGCUUUCAUCUUUUCCAUUAUUACAAUGCACAUAAUUCAUUUAAAUUCUCUGUCUAAUAUUGUACUCUUAAGCAGAUAAAAUGCUUUUCCACAGCUGAACACAUCUGAUCUGCCUGGGUGAAACUCGCCAAACCCUCUGUGCUCAUCAUUACCUGCUGAUAUUUGUGCUGCAUUAUUAACAAUGGAAUAAAACCUCAAGUGUGUGAUUUCUCAAUCUCCAUGUGAUGAGAUGUAAUAUGUUUUUGCUUUUACAUGUGAGCAACAGUCAGUCUGUUGAUUGAGCACAGUGGAGUAAACACCAAAACAAUUGUUUGUUCAAUAUAUUCUUGCUUUUUAUGGGUAUAGAAGGAUCAUAUCUGAGACAAAAACACUACUUUGCAUGAUCUUCAGCUGUGUCUGUGGGUGAUUCUGUUUGGGUGGGUGAGGGAUAAUGAUGAGGUCAUCUCUGCAUAUGAUGUGAACCAAAUACAAUCAGAUUCAUGUUAUGGUUAUUCAGUGUCAUUUAUUAUUAUCUUUUACACUUAAACAAUAUUCAACCACAUUAAUCGGAGAGUAAUUCAUGAACAUGUCUUCUGUACAAUAUGGAAAAUAAUAAAGCAUUAUAUACUGUC